UAGUCCCACAAUGAAACAUUGGCAGCGUGCUGGACCGAGACACAUCCUUAUUUAGAAAUUGUGUUAUGUCUUAGACAUUGUUACUGGUCGCUGUCGCUGUUUGCUUGCCAUUGGACCUUGAUUUAACGAUUGCCAAAAGUUUUAAAAUUAAAGUUAGCUUGCUAACGAUAGCUAACUGGGAUUCGUAGCUAAGGUUCACCAAACAGUUCACCAAAAGUCCCUUGAGAUGGAAGCGGCCCCAGAGCGUGACUUGGAUAUAGAGGAUGCACCGGAGCAAGAUGAUGAAGUGCAGGUGGAUUUUGCACAGGAGGCACUGGAGGAGCUGGACCGUGCUCUCAGUACAGUGCAGAUAAACAACAGCGCAUUGCCGAUGCCUGCUAAAAGGGAGGAGUUGAAUAAUAAACAGUGUCCCCUUUCCUAUAAGAGGAAUUGUCAAAAGGAGAAGCUGCUCAUCGCUCUGGCUGAGAACUUCCGUCGCCAGUUCACCCACCUGUACCCCGAUCGAAAGCCGCUCUUCCUCAGUCCCCUUAACGAAUGUGGGGUUGAGAAGUUUGUGAGUACUACUCUGCGUCCAACCGUACUUCCUUAUCCAGACCUAUUCCACUGGGAAGGGUGCACCAACUUUGUGUCUGACUUCCUGUCUUUGGAGCCACUAGACCCUCCCACAGACCCGCCUAGGCACCUGUACUCUCCUACGUGUGUGCUGCAGACUCAGAGGGGUUCAUGCUUUGACUUCUCCACCCUGCUGUGCAGCCUACUGCUGGCUGCUGGCUAUAAUGCAUACUGUGUGAGCGGCUAUGCCACCAAGGAUGUGUGCUUCCUUAACCUGUGCCAUCAGGAGUGUCCCCUACUGGCCAACCGUGAGAAGGGUAAAAUGGAGGAACAGGCCGCAACAGCUCUGAAUUACUCAGUAAAGCCACCCAGGGAUCUGAGCAGUGGAUUUGAGCGGCGUCAGGAGGAGACACGUCAGAAGGAGGUGCAAGCAGUCCGUCUCAAGAAACAACAGGAGGCAGACAGGCUACAGGAGGAGCUAGAGAAGCCACCUCCUGAUCCACUGUAUGGCCUGCGUGUUCACUGCUGGGUGUUAGUGAAAUGUGGCGCUCGCGAGGUGCCAGAGGACUUCUUCAUUGAGCCGCUAAGUGGUAAGACCUUCCCCACCACAGAUGAAAACUUCCUUGGGAUCGAGAGUGCUUGGAACAACCACAACCAUUGGGUCAACAUGCAGGACUGUCGCCACGGCUGUACGAACAUGUCCUUUGACCUGGGAGAUCCAAUCAAGUGGGAGUACCUGCUGUGUGGGGACACCGGCCAAUCACUUUUGCUCAUUCCAGCCAUGACGAAACAGCAGGAAUUUGAUGAGGAUGAAGAGGAUAAGGAGGAGUCCAAGGCGUUCGAGAUGCCGCCAUCCUGGGUGAGCGAACUUCACAUCUCACAACAAGAUAUGGAGAUGCGUUGCCCUGGUGGAGUGAAGGUCUUGCAGUACAGAAAGGCCAAGCUGGAGAAGUUCGCCCCCUACCUGCUGAAAGAUGGACUGCUCACACGUCUUACCACGUGCCAUGACCUCGACUGCACUCAUGUGUGCAUUGUCAAAGAGUGGUAUCAACACAGGAAUGACCAUUUGGAAGAGAGAGAACUCCGGAAGGAUGGAAACAUCACGCUGGAACACUUUAGACGUGGAAGGAGUUUCGCACUAAAAAGUCACAGGUAUGUGACCCUGACACCGGAUUCGGACCGUGAGAUGGAGUUCUAUAGCCAAGCACGAGCGGACGGGCUGGCCCGCCGGGUCGAGGCGGGCUCAGAGAUGACAGAGAACUUCGAGGACCGGCCUGACUUCCUGUUUUAUCGGCACACUGUGUUUGGCAAGCGCAACCGAAUUCUCAUGCCUGGAGAAAACAUGGAACAGAGGCCUCGCCCCUUAAUGAAGGUGGUGGAGCGAUUUCAUCGAGACACCACGAAGCCAGCCAGUGAGGAUGUGGAGGAGCGGGUCUUCCUGGUAUCAGAGGAGCGUAUCCAAGUGACUUAUCACCGUGAUGACGACCGAAUCAUACCUGCCUGGAGUAUCUUCACCACACCGCAAGACUCUGGAAAUAAGAACACAGACACCUUUGCACCAGAUAUGGCCUCAACCUUUCAGGUAGAUCCGUUUCAGAAGCCAAGUAAGAACCUGUUUCUGUAUGAGACACUGAUGGGUCUGAUGAACGAGCAGGAGAAAGUGGCUCAGAGAAUAAAAGACUCUGAGAAAGAGGUGAGGGCUAUCCUAGAGCUUCGUCAGCAUGAGGAAAACACAAUUGAGCUGCACAUCUCCAUUUACAACACAGCCCGGAAUGACAAGGCCCGCAAACAUCGGGAGGCACUGGAGCGUAUGGCUGAGGAGGCGCGCCUACGACGGGAAGAGAAGGAGUUGGACUUCCUGGCUCCAUUCCUCGCUCAACUGGGCGACCCGGAUCAGUUGACUCGCCAGAUGGCCCUGCAGCUGCGCAGCGACUGCCUGGCCGACCUCAAGCAGCGUCUUAUAGAUAAGGCCAACCGAAUUCAGGCCCGCUUUGAGAAGGAGACCCAGGAGCUGCAGCAGAAGCAGCAAUGGUAUCAGAAGAACCAGUUAACCAUGAACAAAGAGGAUGAGGACCAGUACCUGGCUUUUUGCUCCGAUGCCAUGUUCAGGAUCCAUAUUUUUAAACUGCGCCUCAGUCGGCAUAAAGAUCGAGCCCCACAGAAGUACCUCGCUCUGGAUGAGAAACUCAGACGAGAUCCUAGGCUUACCCCCUUCCUGUAGACACCAAAGUUGUUUUUGUAAAAGUGAAGAUGAAACUGAAUUCAAAGGCUGCUAAAAAAAACAUAACUGUCCUGAAUACUAUAUUACACAUUAAAAGUACCAGGUUGGCUUGCUUGAUGGACUGAUUGAUCGAUUAAAUGAUUAUUGACAAAGACUCAUCAUUUGGUUUGAGUCUCAGCCUUCUUUCUUACCUCUGUGAGAAGGAAGGCCACAUUAUACCUGACUGAAUUCCUAAAGCAAAAUAAGUGGAUUACUUUUUCAACUCACCCCACUCU